AUUCAGUCAGAGCCGCUAUCAUGAAGCGCUGGAGGACAGAAAUAGAUCUCAGUGCCUCCUGUGCGCUCGAGCCGAGUGAUCAACCUACAGCCUCUCCCCAACAACUUCACCAUGGUUAUUAAAGUGUUUCUGGCCUCUUCCUCAGGAUCGACAGCGAUCAAAAAGAAGCAGCAGGAUGUGCUUGGGUUUCUGGAAGCUCUAAAAAUUGAAUAUGCACAGCUUGACAUUGCCUCAAAUGAAGAAAAUCGCAUGUGGAUGAGGGAGAAUGUACCAGGAGACAAGAAGCCCUCCGGUGGAAUCCCACUCCCACCUCAGAUCUUUAAUGAGGACAACUACUGUGGGGACUAUGAGACAUUCUUUGAUGCCAAAGAGGACAAUUCAGUUUAUGAAUUUCUGGGUUUGAACCCACCACCUGGCUUCAAGAAAGAGGCAAUCACAGAAGAGGAGCAAAAUGAAAAAACACCAGAGGUGACUUCGACAGGGGAGGAGGGAGGAGGAGAAAUUAAGGAAGAGGUCGUAGCACAGGACGAGCCUUCAGAAGAGGCUAAGGAGGAAGAAGAAGAGGCAAAAGACGAAGAUGUGGAGGCAAAAGAAGACGAUGACGAAGAAGAAGAAGACACAAAAGAAGAAGAAGAAGAAACAGAAGUAAAAAUGCCAUAUGCAGAGGAGGAAGAGCAGGAAGGUGAUGUAGAAGAAGAAUAUGAACAGGGAGAAGAGGACUUGAUGUCUGAGGAGGAGGAAGAACUUCGACAGCUUGAGGAAGAAGAAGAAGCGCAAGUAUCGGAGGAGGGAGAAGAGGCUGAGGACUGAGGAUGGGAUACAGAGGAUCAGGACAAUUACGAUUUUUAGUUUCACACAUAUUGACUCCCACCUUCCAUGACAGCCUCUGCUUGAAGACCAUGGAGAUGUUUAGGGCAGGACAUUUUCCACACAGUGGUCCUGGAGUACGUGCUCACAUGGACACUUUCUGGAACUUAGACAUGAACAUCAGAACCACCAAACUUAAAUGAAACUGCUGUUUUCCUUCCUCUUUAGCUACCUUCAGUCUUUUUUUACUAUGAUGAAGUCAGAGGAAGGAGAUUUUGUAAUAUCUAUAGGUUUAAUGGUUUAGCGCAUGUGCUGUGGCAUUGCUCUUCUCAGCGCCAUAUUGCAUGUUUUAUGUUUAGAAGAAUUUACUACUUUUUUAGAAGAUAGUACUGAUAAUCUUGCAGUCUGUUAUAGUUGUAGGUACACCAUAGUGUGUAACUGCAACCUGGCAGACCGACAGUGUGAAGGCUGGAAGUAAACUGCUCUUUCAAAUACCUACUUGUGGUUUUAUAACCAUGUAGUUAUGUAUAUGAGGUAAAAAAAAAAAAAAAAAAAGUCAUUACAGCAUACCUUUAUGAAAGACAUGUAAUUUAUCAACAUUCUUUUACAAAAGAUAACAUUAAUAGGAGCACUGAUAUUGUUGCAUCAUUUCUAUACUUUCUAUCCUUCAUGAGGCUCGGUUUGCAGGGCUGCAGCUAGUCACUAAUAAGGUCUGUUUUCCAGAAUCAUACAGGUUAAUUUCAUACAGGUUAAUUUAUUCCUGAAUGUGCAGAAUAUCCACAUAUUUUGUCCAAACCUAGUCUUAAUCUUUGUUUGGGAAAAAAAAAAAAAAACACAAUAUUUUAUUAUUAACAGGGGCCUCUCUCUCUCCAUCUCCAUUUGAUUUGAGGUUUAAGUUCUGGCUGUAGGCUGCUGUAGUCAUGUAUGAACUGAAAAGCACUUUUGUUUAAUACGAAUUGCUGAAAAUAUUUGAAUGCAAUUAAAACGUCUGUGGCAUAA